AUGUCUGUUGUAAAUGUUUAUGCGACAUCUGCAACUACAGAGAAUCUCUCUCGCCAUGAAAUGUUGAUGUGGGUGAAUGAUUGUUUGCAAUCGAAUUUUUCUCGCUUAGAAGAGAUGCAUACGGGUGCUGCUUAUUGCCAGACAAAUCAGAUUGUUUCAUAUGAUUUUCAGUUUACUGAUUUUCUUUUUCCUGGAUCCAUACAGUUGCGUCGAGUCAAAUGGAAUAGCAGGUUAGAAUUGGAUUGGUUGAGCAACUGGAAGCUGUUGCAAACUGCAUGGAAAUCUCUUGGUAUUGACAAAAUUGUACCUGUUGAAAAACUCAUCAAGGGGAAAUUUCAGGAUAAUUUUGAAUUCUUGCAAUGGUUCAAGAAAUUUUUUGAUGCGAAUUUUGAUGGUCAUGAAUACAAUCCUUUGGAAACACGUGGCGGUGAACCACUUCCUUCAAUUGUAAAAACUAAUGCCCCCUCUCGCAUGCCUGCUGCUAAGGCACUGGGGCAUGAGAAAAAAUCGCCAACCCAUUCAACUAGCAAUGUGGCUGGAAAUAAAUCGGAAGUUAGGAAAGCUGCUCCAGCUCCAUCAAAAAUAAUGGCAUCUGUUCCUGUUCGAAAUCCCCAGGUUAAUGCUGGGCGCACUGUAAAUGCUGCAAUGGAUCAACAGAAGAAAGCUAUUUUUUUGCAGUUAAUAACUAGUUUGAAAAAUGAAUUAAAAGAUGUUCGUCAGCAGCUUGCAGAAAGUGAUGGAGUUAUUUUGAGUUUGGAAAAAGAAAGAGACUUUUAUUUCUCUAAGCUACGCCAAAUCGAAAUAAUCUGCCAAGACAACGAACAAAUUGGCAAUGUUGACGUAUCGAGAGUCUUUGCUGUCUUGUAUGAAACGGAAGAAGGCUUCGCACCACCUAAUGAAAGCGAUGCUGAAAACAACGGCGAGGUUCAUUGA